AUGUUGCUGAAUCAGGUUAGCACAAGAGACUUGUAUACGACAAAUCCAGGAGAAUACCUGAGAAAUACUCGUUUUGCAAAUGACUGGGAAGAUUCUGCUUUAUUGUCAACUCAAGCAUACAGUCAAAAUAAUUCCCAACAGAUGAAUUCACAGUAUGAAAAUUCUCAGACUAGCUCAUCUGAAUUGUUUUCUCAGAGACUAUCCCAGCAGCAGUCCAACAGUGACACAUCCAAAUAUCAUCUCAAGUAUAUGUCAAUGCCGCCAUUAUUCUCAAAGGAUAAUCCUAAAACCAAAACCACAAGAACAAAUAAUGUGAAUGUAAACUAUGUAGAUCAAUUAGAAGUUAAUAAACAAAAAGCAAAGGAGAGAGAUGAAAGAGACUUGAUAAAUAGAAUAUUUGCUGGAGUUAAAACAUGUGUUGAGGAAGUGAAGUCAGCUACAGAGACAAUAAAGGAGACUGUUGACAAUGGAAUGACCAAUGGAACUGAACGGUUUGCCAAGUUAAUCAGCAAAGUGAAUGAAGACUUAUUUAUGCAUUAUAAGACACUACUGGAAGCACUCAAUGCAAGAGAUGAAGAGAAACAGAAAAUACAACAAAUGGAAAAUAUUAUUGCUGCUAAAGAUGCCAAAAUAGACUUGCUUCAUUCUCAAUUAGAUGAGUGUCAAAAACAACAGCAUGAAGACGUCAUUCAAAAGCUCAAAGAUGCCUAUAAUGAACAACAAAAGCUUAAUCGAGAACAUCUAGAAAUAUUACAACAAGAGAAAUCUGUCACUUUGGCAUAUAAUGAGAAGAGUGCUGCUGAAAACAAUGCUUGCAAUCAAAGUGUUAGAAACACGAAAUGUAAUAUACCUGUUUCUGUUGCCAUGGAGACAAGUGUACCAUGCUGCAAUGGUAUGCACCAGUCUUAUGAAGGAUGGCAACGUGAUGAACCACCCAAGUAUUUGAACAAUGUACAACACCAAGACGUACAAACAGUACAACCCAUUAAGUAUAUUUCUGCAUAUCAGACUACGUCCAACAUCCAUCAGGUCCCAUUUAAUCACUCUAGAAAUACAACUAACAUUGAACAAAAUCAAGCUUAUUUGAAAACCAUACCAAGUAAAACACUAAAUCCUCAACAACAUGGCAAUGGGGAGCAAUUCAUGGAAAAUGAAUGUCAACAAGUACCUCAAAUGAACAAAAGUAUGGUUCAUCCUCUGCAUGUCAUAUCCCCUCAUAGCGAAAACAAUAGAUGGUAUCAAGCAGGUAAAGCCAAAGAUAAGCAGUCACCAAUUGCAACUGUUAUGCCACAAGUCAAGCAGCCUUCUUUUGACAAAACUGAAGAAGUUAUUGAUGAUGUUCCUGAUUAUAUAGUUGAUCAGCUUGAACAUCAAGUUGGAACAAAUCCUACAAGUGGUAGAAAACAAAAAAAGUUCCAGAAAAGAAGAAACGAGACUAGUGAACAAAUUAGAAGAUCAAAACGAAUCAGCUCAAAACAGAGAGUUAAAGACCAUACAGUACUCCCUACUGUUGCCAGUAGGAGCAGACAGAAUAGUGGAAAACGAGGGGUUUUGCUACAGCCACACCUAGAUGUUUAUUCAUAUCAAGAAGACGACUAUAGUACAACAGUAGAUAAAACAAUGAACAUUGCUGCUAGUAGGAAGCCACUAAAAAGAAACACUUCUCUUGUAGAUAUUGUACAACAAAGAAAGAGUGAAGUGAAACCACCUAUUAAGAAAUACAGAAGAAGCAGCAAUUUUGACCAGAGAAUGCAGAUGACCGAGGAUGAUUCCGAAAAUGAGGAAAUAGAACUUAUCACUAGACAAGCAAAACAACAAAAAAUGACACCAACUGUAUUAAGAUUAAAUGUCAAUAACUCAAACAAGUCUGAUAGUAUUUCGCAUCUCCUAUUCAAACAAGUGAGAAGAGACCAACAUAACUUUUCUGCAAAGAGCACACCUGCUGAACAUAAACUUAUUCAAGAAAACAAGCAAACCAGUAACAUUUUAUCAACAGCAAACUAUUAUUCAGAUUCAGAAGAGAGUUCACAGGAAAAUUUAUUUUCUUUGCUGAUGCCGUGUUCUCCAGUUUCCAGAAACACAGAGGAGAGGGAAUCAUCCACAGAAGAUGAUUUCUGGAUUAGUCCCAAGCAAAAUAUGAUACAAGAUCAACAACUAGAAGAUAUUUUAAAUAAAUGUUAA